AUGAGCAAAACCCUUUGGAGUGCUGUUCUGAUGAGCCUGGUUGCCGGGAGGAGUUGGAUCUUCGAUGAUGAGAGCAAUGCGUUGAAGUAUAUCUAUGGGCUUGGGCCAGAGAUGUUUGAUGUCCCAAAUUCACAUCUCACUGACAAGCAGUGCCAGUCACUGGGCGCUAUGAUAGAUGCAUUGUCACACAAGGGCAGUGGUAAGGAAUGUUACGAGAUCCUUGAAGGCAAGGAAGUGGGUGGCUGGGCUGCCGGUCGCAACACCUUGGAUAAAUGGUUCAAAAAACAAAAGGUGUCAGGAUUGAUAGGAGAGUGGAUUGACAGAGUUUGGACUAUGCUAGACGUCUCACCUAUGCAACUGAUUCAUGAGGGGUUGGAGGAGGGUGAGGAGUUCCCCAACAUCCUUGAUGCCAAGCGCGCGAAAGAAGACGUGAUCCUUGUGAUCUUGGGAGACCAUGCGUUGGAAAAGAAUGCACGUGGUGACUUUCACGAUGCAACAGCAACUAUCAUUCAUCAUGCGUGGGAACGGCACCGCAAAAGGUUCAAGCAUGCUGAGAGAUCAUUGCCAAAGAAGAAACUGGAUGCCGCUGUGGCUGUCAAAGCCAUUGAGGACGCUGAAGUUGUUACUACAAGGAUGAUGCGUGAGGUGACAAAACAUGUCAAAGCACUUCAACAAGCAAUGACUUGGUUCCCGAAGCAAAAAGAUCACAUUACCGAGUAUGAGAAGUUCUUGAAGGAGGUCAUUAUCACUGCUGUUGUGACAGAGAGGAAGGUGCCGAAGGAGAAGGUGGCUGUGGAAAGUGAGGACACUCCAAGCAGAAAGCGAGGUGCUGCGCGUGCACAAAAGGUAAGAAUAGCCUCACUUGCCGCUGCUGGUGAUGUCGAAGAGAUCUGGGCGCUGUAUCUCCAACUCUUUGAGACUGAAUUGGGCCAGUUAGAGGUUCCCCAUGUCGAGGACGACGAAGAUCCUAGUGGGUGGGAGGACUGGGAGAAUUCAAGUGAGGAUCUUGGUGUUGAUGGAUGGCGAGAGAUGGAUAACGGAACCUUGAAUCACCUCCUUCAAUUCCCUGGAGGGAAGCCCAUGCUGUUCACUGAGUUUCGGUCGAAGAGUGGUCUCUGCGCGUGGGAGGACAUGUCGAAGAAAUUUGUCAAGGAGAACAACGAUAUGGAACAGUUGUCACUGCUGUGGCAUCAGUGUGUUGGGGUCGCAGCGAUUGUGGAUAAGAUUUGGUUAUCCAACGAAACAGAAGGAGACAUUCCUGGAAUUCUCAUCACUGAUGAAGUGGGAGUAGGGAAGACGGUGAAGGUACAACAAUUCAGAUGGGUUUCUGGACCAGGCUCAAGGCUCAGAGAAGAGGAAAUAUGA